GGGACGUGGGGCCCCAUGCGGGAUGAGGGACGCAAAUUGGGGGUGGGGGUGUCCCCCCCAAGUCAACAGGGACCUGCUGCCCCAUGGCCGCCACCACCCCAUCCCCAUCCCACGAACGGGACUGUCGCUUUAACGGCAGGCUUUCCGCCUCGCCCGGCCUCCACGCCGUCAGCGGGCAGGUGGAGCCGGACUGGGGGCCCCCACUGUGCCCCCCGCUCCCCUCGGGCGGCCCCCCGAGCCUGGCCCUGCCAGGCCGCCCGGCUGAGGCCGGAGGAAGGGGAAGUGCUGGGGCAGGACGCGGGAACAGGGGGCCCCUGCGCCAGAGGAUGCCGGGGCUGCCCCAUGGAAGGUGAAGAAGGAGUCACUCAUCUUGUGGAGACCCCCCUGAAUGACAGGGACACCCAGGAGCUCCCAAAAGAGGGUAAAAAUGGAACCAAGGGACCCGCAGCCACGGAGGAGCUGGCUGUGACCAGGGACGUGGGGGACAGCGGUGCCCACCUGGGGCAUCUGCAGCUGGACAAGGACAUGCCACGCUUGGACCACAGGGAUGGUGGAGCAGACACUCUCCCAAAGGCCUCGGCCACCUCGAUGGACAGGCAGAGGAGCACCCAGCUCUCAGCCCUUGACAGCUUCCCCCUGAAGCACUCGAACACGCUGACGAACAGGCAGCGAGGGAACGAGGUCUCGGCCCUCCCAGCCACGCUGGACACGUUGUCCAUCCACCAGCUUGCUGCCCAAGGAGAGCUCAGCCAGCUGAAGGAGCACCUUCAGAGAGGUGAGAACUUGGUAAAUAAACCUGAUGAGAGAGGUUUCACGCCGCUGAUCUGGGCCGCAGCCUUCGGAGAGAUCGAAACAGUCCGUCACCUGCUGGAAUGGGGCGCUGACCCCCACGCGCUGGCGAAGGAGCGGGAGAGCGCCCUGUCCCUGGCCAGCAUGGGCGGCUACACCGACAUCGUCAUCAUGCUGCUGGAGAGGAACGUGGACAUCAACACCUACGACUGGAACGGUGGCACUCCUCUGCUCUACGCCGUGCGCGGCAAUCACGUCAAGUGUGUCGAGGCCCUACUAGCUCGUGGCGCUGACCUGACGACAGAGGCAGAUUCUGGCUACACCCCGAUGGAUCUGGCCGUGGCCCUGGGACACAAGAAAGUCCAACAGGUUAUGGAAAAUCACAUCCUCAAGCUGUUUCAGAAGAGGGAGCUGGAGUGACGUGGUGGCUCGCGCCGCACUGCUGCAGCACCAGCGCUUCUCCCAGCCGACGCAGGGCUCUCUGGGACCAACGCAGCCUCACCCAGCCGUCCCGAAAGGGGCAGCGGCGCCAUGCUUCGAGCAAGGAGCAUGCAGAGGAAGCUGGGAACUGCCUGCCCUCGGUGGAUCUAUGCCUCUCCCAGAGGGUGGCAUGGCCACGGUGCCUCGCACCCAGGGACGCUCAUUCCUCAGGGCAGCUGCGUUUCUGCCCUGUUUGGGCUUGGCUGCUUCGUGCGUGUGUGCAUUCAGGUAUUGCGUUAUUGGAAGUAAACUCUAAAGCAGC